CCAUUCGUUAUUGGUCAAUUAUAUCUAUGAGGUGAUUAUAAUUAUCAUUAUCAAAAUUAUUAUUUAGAUAUUUAUUUAUUAGGUCCAACGUGAGACAAACGGCUUAUCGGUGACUGAUUUGCCGCAUGCAUAACUUUAAGGUGUAUACAGCAAAAUAUUUCAGUGGGCAGUGUCCAGUGGAGGGCUUAAGCAUGUUGAAUUUUCAACUAAACUAUUUAAUUCAGUUAAUAAUUUGAAGAUAAGCAUCUAGUUUAUUUGAUUUCAAGGAUCACUACAGAAAAUAAACUAGCACCAAUGAGUUCAUAUCCAUAUCAGUUAACAACUACGUCUAACAAAGAUGAAUUACUUCAACGUUAUAAGGGGAAACCUCUUAGAGAUUUACCAACUCCAUCUAUUGUUAUCAACAAGGCCAAAUUCGAACUGAAUUGCAACAAAAUGCUUGUGAAUGCAAAAAAGCUUGAUGCUAAUUUCAGAGCCCAUAUUAAAACCCAUAAGACUUUAGAAGGUACUUUGUUGCAAUUAGGCACUGUUCCAUUCAAAACUGAAAAGAUAGUUGUGUCUACUAUGAUGGAAGCUUGGAAUAUCUUACCAUUGGUGAAAUCAGGACUUAUAAUAGAUGUUCACUUUAGUUUACCAGUGGUUAAGUCGAGAUUAUCUGAAUUGGCUGAAUUCAGUAAUGUUGUUCCUCAUUUAAGAAUCAUGUUGGAUGAUAUUGAACAGUUGGAUGUGUUGGCUAACUUCAACAAAACUAAUCCAGGGACUAACAAGUGGUCAGUGUUCAUUAAGAUAGAUAUGGGUACUCAUAGAGCUGGUUUAAUUGCCGAUACCGAAAGAUUGAAUCAAACUUUAGCCAAGGUAUUGACGGAAGAUUCCAUUAAAGAAGCUGUUGAAGUAUAUGGAUUUUAUUGUCAUGCUGGUCAUUCUUACGCCUCAACAUCAUCAAAUACUGCUAAAACAUACUUGAUUGAAGAAAUAAAGAAUGCCAAUAUUGCUGCUAUUACUGC